AUGGCGGGUGUGUUCAAGAACGUUUUUGGCAGUCAGCCAUCUGGCGCUGCCUCCGAUGAUGAUUUCGCCGACUUCGUCGAGGCCCCGAAUCCAUCGCCUGCGUCCCUUAUCGCCGACUCAACCACCAAUGCGGCUGCUAAUACGCAUGGCGCCGUUGCCCCAUACACGGCAUGGUACCGGAUCUGGGAACGUACCUCUCCCAAGGACUUCAUGCAAGAGGCGAUGAUCAUGCCAUUUGUCCUGAUCCUCGUCCUCUUCCAUGUCUGGGGUACGAGGAAGAACCGCCGCAAGGCGCGCGAGUGGGCUCAGGCUCACGUUCCCUCUCUCCAGAAGGAGUUCGCUGUGGUUGGAUUCGAUGGCAUUGCCCGUAUCCGCGAGGAGGAGACCAUCACUGUGGAAUUGGCCAACCCCGAGAAGAGCUUGAAGGAGAAGUCGGCCUCCGAGUUCACUACUUAUGCGACUGGUCGCCAGAACGUUGCUUUCCUUGACAUCGCUCUGAAGAUGCCCAAGCGCUACAACCCAAUCACCUACCUCAUGGAGUACGCCUUCAGCUUCUUCUUUGAGAGCUGGGAGGCUCCCAGUGAAAAGUACGAGGCUCUCAUGUAUGCAUUCGAUGGCAAGGAGAAGGAUUUGGUUCCGGUCUUCGCCAAGGAUACUCCCCUGAAGGUGAACAACUCCACCUACGACGGAUUCAUCUGGGCGGUGGUUCACAAGAGCCACAUGCGCAAGUUCCGUACUGAUCGUUACGAUGCCUCAAUCACCUUCUCUAAAGACCACCCCAAGCUCCCCUCUUGGGUUACUGUGAUGUCCGAGAGCCAUGAGAUCACCGAAACCCUUCUCAGCAAGGAGCUUAUCGAGGCCAUUGAACAGGCUGGCAAUGACUUUGAGUUCUUGAUUGUGACUGACCAGCCCAUUGAUAAGCCCACCAAGAUUGAUGAGACUGUUCCCAAGAAGCGUGUUCAGCUCUCGGUUAACCUUUCCUCUGCUGCUGGCUAUGCCGCAACUCUUCCCCUCUUCAACCAGUUUUUGCGCUUUGGCGACAAGCUUGUCGCAGCUGCCCACUUCCGGCCCGAGGUUAUGCGCAAGGUCCGCAAUGUCCGUGAGGAGGAGAUCAAGAAGCUACGCCGUGUUGAGGAGGAGGAGAAGGCCGAGGAACGCAAGCUGGCUGCCGAGAAGAUCAAGAAGGACGAGCGUGAGCGUCUUCUGCGUGGUAUGACUGCUGAGGAGCAACGCAAGUACCUGGACCGCGAGAGCCAGAAGGAGCAGCGUCGGUCAUCGAAGCGCAUGACCCGUAAGGGUUAA